AUUUGUUGGACUAAACUUUUGUAUUCAUAGCUGUGAAUCUAAAAAUGUUUCUGUAAAAUAAUGUGAAAGAAAUUUAGUUAAUCAAUCCCAUUUCCCACUUUCUAAGAGUAGCGAAUUAAAGUAUAAAAACGAAGUGUAUGAAAAAUCCAUUUAACUGGAAAAAUUACAAAAGAAAUUGACAUUAGUUUUAUAGUCGAUAUUAAUUAUAUUUGAUAAAACGCGAAACUAACGCAGCACAAAACGUAACGCAUAAUUAGAUUAGAAACACCGAAAGUAAACUGCAGUACUAACGUUACCUGCGAUGUAAAGAACACGCGCUUGUUAUUGCGUCGUGACGUGUGUGAACUGACGCAGUGCUCUGCAAGCGGAAGGCGGUCCGUUCUCCUGUAGUGCUCGGGCAACAAACUCGUCAAAGCUCUGACCUUAUGAUAUCUGAGGACAGCACGGCUCUCUGUCUCUGACCCUUAGCUUACACGAACCUCUUUAUGAUCGUAAGUUCACCAAGGAUGCCCGGAUCGCUACCUGCAAGUUGUGAGGCCACGUGGCCUAAAGACGUGGGAAUCAUCGCCUUGGACGUGUACGUGCCUUCGCAGUACGUGGACCAGGCGGAGCUGGAGGAGUUCGACGGAGUCGGAGCCGGCAAAUACACCGUGGGCCUGGGACAGUCCCGGAUGGGUUUCUGCACGGACCGCGAGGACAUUAACUCUCUGUGCCUGACGGUCGUUCAGCUGCUGAUGGAGAGAAACGGCCUGUCGUACGACAGCGUGGGAAGACUAGAGGUGGGCACGGAGACCAUCAUCGACAAGUCCAAGUCUGUGAAGACUGUCCUGAUGCAGCUGUUUGAAGAGUCGGGUAACACGGACGUGGAGGGAGUGGACACCACUAACGCGUGCUACGGGGGGACCGCCGCUCUCUUCAACGCCGUUAACUGGGUGGAGUCCAGCUCCUGGGACGGUCGCUACGCUCUGGUGGUUGCCGGCGAUAUUGCCGUCUAUGCCACGGGCAGCGCCAGGCCUACAGGGGGCGCAGGAGCCGUCGCCAUGUUAGUGGGACCCAACGCCCCUCUGGCCUUUGAUAGAGGACUUCGUGGGACACACAUGCAGCACGCGUAUGAUUUUUAUAAGCCAGAUAUGGUGUCCGAGUAUCCGGUGGUGGACGGCAAGCUGUCCAUUCAGUGUUAUCUGGGUGCAUUAGACCGCUGCUAUUCUGUCUACAGGAACAAGAUUCAUGCCCAGUGGCAAAGAGAGGGUCUUGAAACGCGUUUUUGUCUGGAGGACUUUGGCUUCAUGCUGUUUCACUCGCCUUACUGCAAACUGGUACAGAAGUCUUUGGCUCGUCUGGUGCUGAACGAUUUUCUGUCUCAUCCCAGUCCAAACACACAGAGCGGCCCGUUCAGUGGACUGGAAGCCUUCAGAGAUGUGAAGAUUGAGGACACAUAUUUCGACAGAGAUGUAGAGAAAGCCUUUAUGAAGGCCAGCACAGAGCUGUUUGAGCAGAAAACAAAGGCAUCUCUCCUCAUAUCCAAUCAGAAUGGCAACAUGUACACGCCGUCAGUGUACGGCUGUCUGGCAUCGGUCCUCGCGCAACACACACCGCAGCAGUUGGCCGGUCAGAGAAUCGGGGUGUUUUCUUAUGGCUCAGGAUUCGCUGCUACGCUUUACUCCAUCAGAGUCACGCAAGAUGCUACACCUGGGUCUGCAUUAGAUAAGAUGGUGUCCAGUCUGUGUGACCUGAAGGCCAGGCUGGACUCUAGGAAAAAGAUUUCGCCGGCUCUUUUCGCCGACAUCAUGAAGAUGAGAGAAGAUACUCACCAUUUAGCAAACUACGUCCCUCAGGGCUCUGUAGAUGACCUGAUCCCGGGCACGUGGUACCUCACACGGGUGGACGAGAAACAUCGCAGACAGUACGCCAGACGCUCUCUGAACGACGAUGGACAUCUGGAGGCAGGUCUGGUACAUUCCAGCAUUACAUCGGAGCAUGUUCUCAGCCCGCUAAAGAAGAUGCCCCGUAUCCCAACUACCACAGCUGGUACUGAGGUGGUCGUCAUUAGCAACGGGGAUCAUUGAGUUGACCUCUAUGAGGUGCACAUAUUGACAGAUUACGAUAAAGACACAUGGUGUGAAAAAGCAACAAGCAAACAAGCGUCCUGGAUCCGUUCCUGCCUUUUUUCGAGGCGAAUCAAUGAGUGGUAUUCAACGCAAAGCUUUUUAACUCUUCCAGGAUAGGAUUGGUUGGACCAUCACUGUGUUUUAGCUGACAGAGGCGAUUGGUUUUUCAUUUUUAGUACGUGGAGAGGUGUUUCUCAACGGAAAUGUUCCCAUAAACUGCUGCUACGAAUGAUCUAUGCAGACAUCCUGAAUUGUGUCUUUGACUCUCAAAUGUCCAUCUGUUGGCAAUGCACAUAUUUAUUAGCAUGAAACUCAAUCCGAAAUGUAAAACAGAAGUUUAAGAUUGUCAGUACCAUGAGGGGUGCAAAAUGUCUUUGUUUUUUACACUUCUUGUGACUACACGACGUCCCCGGGAGCUGUCAGAAUACCUCAGUUUUGCUGAAUCGUUCUUUUAUCAAACACCUUGGCCAUGUCAGGGAAGUGUGUGCAUGGAUUACAUAUUAAUCAGCCAAACCUUGAAACGUUUUAUAGGUUUUUAUUAAACCGUAAUGAUUGUUCAGUUGCAGCAAAAUCUAUCUUGUAUUAGAAAAGAAGUAGCACUUAUGUCAAGCGAAUGAGAAUGAUCUGUUGUUAGCGUUUAAUAACUUGUGUGUUCAGCAGUCACAAAGAUUUUAGACAAGUUUUAGUGAAUAAAGUGCCCAGACCACUAUUACAUAGGUAAAUCACAACAAUAAUAUUCACGUGCUUGAUAUGCUGAGAAAUCUUUUGUGAUGUGGUUUAGAAUGGUCAAGUUUUGGUAUUGAUUCUUCCAAGCUGCCCCUUUGGACCCAGAUUCAUUCUCAGCUGUUGUUCAAUCCAUGGUUCUAGGUCAAUAUCGUAAAAAGGGAGUAAUUCUGGUCCACCUGCAAACCCAACUUAUUCUAAGCAUUUCAAAACAAAAAUGAAUUCUAAAAACAAUAUACUCAUUUUUAACCUGCUGCCUAGAAAAAUUGACUGUAUACUUGUAUCUUGAAACCACAUACUGUAUGUUUACACGAGGUUUCCCUGAUGUCAGUUAACAAUACCUGUUGUUGGUGAGUACAGCACUAACUGUGAAAUUAUUUAUAUUUUGUGAUAGACAAAAUUGGUAUGUGAUCCGGUGUAACUUGUAGAGAACGAGCUGCAUAGAAAGAGCAUCACACAAUUGUAUGUGAUAAUCUAACAAUACUAUAUGAAAUGAAAAUUAAAUGUUAAUUUGCAGAUUUGCUCUGUUUUUAUUGUAAGUUUAUUGUAAUGCAUUACAUUUACAUGUAUUCCUUUAGCAGACACUUCUAUCCAAAGCGACUUACAAAUGAGACGGUUAGAAAGACUGAAGUAUUUUGGAAUGAAAAUGGUUACAUAAAUAAUAUAAAUUAUAAAUAUAUAAAUAUAAAUGAUAAACAUCUCUGAGAUGCCUAAAGCCACAAUCCCAAACUCUAAAGAAGUUAUGUUUCAUGUCUGACUACAAAUAGAUCAAAAAAU